AUGUCUGCUAAUAUUGCUUUACCCGUUUAUCAACCAUGGGUUCCUUCUCCUCAGCAAGAGGAACCAUGGCAGGCUCCUCCUUCUCAGAUGCCCCAGUUUCCUAUUCGUGGUGAACCUCCUCUACAAAUAUGUGCCGGUCCUAUUCUCAGAUAUAUUGGUCUUACUGAUGACCUGCUCAUUUGGCGCGGGUCUGUAUUGAUUGUUACCAAUGAUAUCGGCACACCUGCAAACCAACGCUCCCCCAUGUUUUUCUUCCGUAUUUCCAUUCCAGGCUCCAACUCUGAAUUGACCACAGGUAGCAUUGAGGCUGAAAAAAUCAUCCAGGAGUAUGGCAAAACCUUUUGGAGAUUUCCUCUUAACUUAUAUCUUCAUGAAAGCUCUGAGGUUUACGUUGAAUAUAACAUCAAUAACUUUGCUCUUCAAGGAAACUUUUAUCUACCAGCACAGUCUCAAACUAUGAAUAUGGUGUUUCACUCUUGUAACGGCUUUUCUUUAUCAGUCACCCCUGAAGACUUUAAAGGCGAUUUGUGGAGAGAUGUUUUGCGUCACCAUGAGGCCCAGCACUACCACGUUAUGCUUGGAGGCGGCGACCAGAUUUACUGCGACACUGUCAAGCUCAACUGUCCGCCCAUUGCUGUGUGGGCCAAUGAAAAAAGUAGCAAAAAGAAGCGAACAAUGCAAUUUACCCCAAAAGAUAAGCAAAUCACUGAAGAAUAUAUCUUGAACCACUAUAUUGCCUGGUUUGGUCAGGGCUGGUGGGACGGUCCCCAUGGUAAGUGCUUGCGUCCCGAUUUCCCAAAAGCCCUGGCACACAUCCCCUCAGUCAACAUUUUUGAUGACCACGAUAUCAUUGACGGGUUUGGUUCGUAUGCGGAAGAAACUAUGAGCAGCCCCAUUUUCAGUGGUAUUGGUCAGAUCGCUUUUAAGUACUACAUGCUGUUUCAGCAUCAAACUAACCCAGCCGAAGACCCUAAGCUUGAACCUUCAUGGAUCCUUAACCCCAGGCCAGGUCCUUAUAUGAAACAACAGGCUCGCACAAUUUAUGCGCGCUUGGGUAAAGAGGCUGCAUUUUUAGGUCUUGACUGUCGCACUGAGCGUACGCUGGAACAAAUUGUUUAUCCAGACUCUUAUAAAAUUGUGUUUGAACGCUUGCGAGCUGAGCUGGGAAAAGACCCUAAUAUUCGACACUUGGUUGUAAUGUUGGGUGUUCCUAUUGCAUACCCACGUCUUGUUUGGCUUGAAAGUAUUUUGCAGAGCAAUUUAAUGAGUCCUCUCAAGUUUUUAUCCAAAAAGAAUAUUGUAUUGGGAGGCCUGGUCAAUGACUUUGAUGGUGCAAUUGAGAUUCUCGACGAUUUGAAUGACCAUUGGUGCGCAAAAACACAUAAACAGGAACGUAACCAGUUUGUUUUGCAGCUUCAACAACUGGCCCAGGAAACAAGUGUCCGUAUUACGCUUUUAGGUGGCGAUGUACACUUGGGUGCUAUGGGACGGUUUUAUUCCAGUGGUGAGCCUGGAUUGUAUCCCGAGACAGACCACCGGUUAAUGCUUAAUGUUGUUUGUUCGGCCAUUACUAAUACCCCACCUUCAAGCAACCUUGCCGACUUUUUGAACACGCGUAACAAAACGCAUCAUCUCCACGGUGACACCGACGAGGACAUGGUCAAGCUGUUCAAGGUUGAUGUUGAUGGUACUCCUCGCAACAACCAAACGCUGCUUCCACGACGCAAUUGGUGCAGUAUUGUGCAGAUCCAGCAACGCUCAACCCAUUAUCUCAACAACCACGGCAAGCCCAAUAACGUCAACGUGGCAGCAACUCAGCCUGAAGGCCCCAUUGACACUGCUCGUUUUAACUCAGAGACAGACUAUCCACGAUACCCUGACAAAAAGGGCGCCUUAUCAAUUGUGCUGCAUUUUGAGAAGGAUCAGCACCGGACGUCGAGUGAAACAAGACCGUAUGAAGUGAUUGCGCCUGUUUUGAUUUUAAAGAAAAAUGGCACAUACCGGUAUCAGGAGCAGCCUUAUUCGGGUCAAGCACCUGCUUUCCCACCCAGACCUUUGGAACAGCAGGGUACUCUGCCAUACCAAGAACAGCAGCAACCAUUUCAGCAGCAGCCACUUCAGCAGCAGCCUCUUCAGCAGCAGUCGCAGGAGGGGGCUUCUGCAUAUGAUCGCGAGUAUCAGCAGCAACUUGAAAUGAACUCGGCCAAUGCACCUGCUUACCCGCCACGACCACAGGAAGAGGGAAUUUUCUCUGAAACUGGCUUGCAAAGUAGACCCCAGCAACAAUAA